AUGCUGUUAUUCUCACGUGUAUUGAAGCAUCAUGGCCAUGGAGGAUCUGAAAGAACCUCCCCUUCAUUGACCCCUACAUCAAGUCGAGACUCUACAACCAGAAACACUCGCUCAUCAACACCUAUAAGUUUAUCCCAAGGGAUAACAAGUGCCGCCAAAGGAAGUAGUAGUUCCCUACUUCAUUCAUCAUCGUCUCAUGGUGGUCAUCCAGACUUCACACUAAGUAUCAAGUUGGAGUCUCCCCCUAUAGUUUUAUAUGGACAACCACAUGAAUCCACUGGGUCCAUAUUAACUGGACUAUUGAAGUUAGAUGUGGCACCAACUUCAGGCGCUGAAGAGUUUGAAUUGGAGUCAGUGACUCUUUUCCUCGAACAGUCGAUGAAAUAUACAAAACCCUUCAUGAUAUCCAGCGGUUCAGUUACAAGCUGUAAGGAUUGCUCCACUAAGAAAACCGUAUUGGCCAGAUGGGAUGUUUUAACCGGUAAAGCUCUGUUUCCUCGAGGAGAACAUGCCUACCCUUUUUCUCAUUUAGUGCCUGGUUCAUUGCCAGCUUCAACCAAAUUAGGACUGGCUAGUUCUUGUUCUUAUAUUAAGUACGACAUUGUGGCUGUGGCCACUUGUCCGGGGUCAUCAAGUCGAGAGAUCAGUGUCAAACUACCUUUAAAUAUAUCUCGUUCAAUCUUAAGAACCGCCGAUCGGAACUCACUAAGAGUAUUUCCUCCUACGGAGAUCACGGCCAGUGCGGUGUUACCCAACGUCAUAUAUCCUAAAUCCACCUUUCCCAUUGAAUUGAGACUAGAGAAUGUGGUCAGCUCCAAGAUGGAUAAACGAUGGAGAAUGAGAAAGUUAACUUGGCGAAUUGAAGAACAAACCAAAGUGAAAGCUCUGGUAUGUGAGAAACAUCUCAAGAAACUUAAACUGAUUGAAGACGGUUAUAAGGAAAAGAAUGGCAAACCUGCUCUUUCCUUUUCUUCUAAACAUGAACCUGGUUCUGAUGGGUCUCCCUCUUUGACACCAUCCACUAGUAAUAAUGGGGGUGGUAGUGAUGGACCCAAGACUAAUGCAAAUUAUCAUCAUUCUACAAUCUUAACUGGAACCCUGUAUGGUGUAUCACCAUCCAUACAAUAUAUCCAACAAAGACAACAUUAUCUCAAUCUACAGGCAGAGGCUGAGGCUCACACAGGAGCAGCUCCAGGAGCAAAUCCACCACAAAGAAAUACACCCCAAAUUCAAGAUAAUGAUGAUGAUGUUGAACAAGAACCAGUUGAAAAUUCCAGUGCACCUGCCAGAGUAUACGAAAGUUUUAUUGAAGAUUUCAUACAUCCCCAGAACCGGCCCCGAGCAAACAAUACCGAAUCAAAUAUGAACGCCUCAUCUUCUUCUUCAUCGAUACCCAGGGCUCAGGCAACUUCGAUUGCUAGGCCUCCGGCAGUGGUGAUUCCUGAGGAAGAACUAAACCAUGAAGACGUCUAUUUAGAAGAGACAAGAACCAUUAGUCACGGAGAACUUCGAUCAGGAUGGAAGUCGGACUUUAGCGGUAGAGGGAGAGUGGAGUUAGUUGGAGAUAUCAAUGCUCUGGGAUUUUCUACUGGCGUUGGUAAAUAUUCAAGUUCCAAGACUUCCAAUGAUUCUUCUCCAGAUGAAACCCAAGAAGGGUUAAGGUAUGGAGCAAAUGUUUCGUGUGAUAUAGAUGAUCCUACAUUGGGAGUGUUUGUGAACCACACGUUGGUUGUGGAACUUGUUGUUGCUGAAGAGUUAAUACACACUCAAAAUGAACUGAAGUCAAGAAGACAUCGAUCUGGUUCUGGCAAUAAUAAUAAUGGCUUGACUCCAGUGGAUUCAUCAGCUCUGGCAGUAUCUGCAACCACACCAAACACCAAUUCUCCUCAACAAACACAAGCUUCAACUCAAACUCAAUAUGGAGUCCCCACUGGGUCUGCUCGAGUAUUGCGUAUGCAAUUCAAGUUAAUUGUUACUGAACGUUCAGGUCUAGGAAUAGCUUGGGAUGAUGAAGUUCCUCCAACGUAUGAAGAUGUCCGCACGUUAAGUCCACCAACUUACCAAGAGACUUCAAUUGCUGCCAUUGCAUCUCCAGCACCCAAUACUCUCAGUCCUAUGACGUCUGCUAUGUUGAGACAAACUCCACACGUUUUAUAUGGUGUUGGAGAGACUCCUAUAGUGGGUAAUUUCACUAUCUCCCACAACAAUAGCAUUGAUCAUAUAGUUGAUCUUGAUGACUUACGGUUAUAA